AUGUCUACAAAAGGCGAGGUAUCAGUUGUGAAACCUGUUGAAGAAAUUCCACAAAAUCCAAAACCUGACAAGAAGAAAACUAAAGCUAAGAAAAAAGAAGAGGCUACCACCGAUUUUCCUUUAGAAAUUGAUCCACCACCAGAAUACCUUCAACAUAGAAUUAAAUUAUUUGAAGAAUGGAAAAAAGAAUAUGAUGAAGAAAUUAAAAAAAAACCACGUGUACCAAUUACCAUUACCUUUCCUGAUGGAAAAACCACUCAAGCAACUGCCUGGGAAACUUCGCCUAUGGAUAUAGCUAAAGGAAUAUCCAAAUCUUUGUCUGAACGCAUUGUAAUUUCCAAGGUUGAUGAAGUGCUAUUUGAUCUUUUGAGACCACUUGAAAAUGAUUGCAAAUUGGAGUUUUUAGAUUUUGACCACGAUGAAGGAAAAAUGGUAUUUUGGCAUUCCAGUGCACAUGUUCUUGGAGAAGCUUGUGAAAGACAUUACGGAUGUCAUCUUUGUAUAGGACCACCAUUAGAUGAUGGCUUUUAUUAUGAAAUGGCUAUUGACAAAAGAGUUGUACAUCAAGGUGAUUAUAAACCACUUGAAAAAAUUGCUAAUAAUAUCAUCAAGGAGAAACAACCUUUUGAACGUCUAGUUAUAUCAAAGGAAAAUUUAUUAGAAAUGUUUAAACAUAAUCAAUACAAAGUGCACUUGAUCAAAUCUAAAAUUCCGGACGGAACAUCCACCACAGUAUAUCGAUGUGGUCCAUUAAUAGAUUUGUGUCUUGGUCCUCAUAUACCUCAUACUGGCAAAAUUAAAAGUUUUGGUGUCACAAAGAAUUCAGCCUCAUAUUUUCUUGGUGAUGCAAGUAAUGAUUCUCUUCAACGUAUAUAUGGAAUCUCUUUUCCAGAUAAGAAACAAAUGGACGAAUACAAAAAAUUCCUUGAAGAAGCUGAUAAGCAGCUUUUCUUCUUUGAUGAUUUGAGUCCUGGAAGUUGUUUCUUUCUUCCACAUGGCGCUAGAAUUUACAACACGCUUAUUGAUUUCAUUAAGUCGGAAAAUCAAAAACGUGGUUAUCAAGAAGUAAUUACUCCAAAUUUGUAUAAUACAAAAUUAUGGGAACAAUCAGGACAUUUGCAGAAUUAUGAAGAAAAUAUGUUUUGUUUCGACAUCGAAAAAGAAAAAUUCGCAUUAAAACCAAUGAAUUGUCCAGGUCAUUGUCUGUUAUUUAAGCAUCGUGAUAGGUCAUAUCGUGAAUUACCAAUGCGUCUAGCGGAUUUUGGAGUGUUACAUCGUAAUGAAUUGAGCGGUGCAUUAUCAGGAUUGACACGUGUCAGAAGGUUUCAACAAGAUGAUGCACAUAUUUUUUGUAGAGAGGAUCAGAUAGAAGAAGAAAUAAAUUCUGCUUUAGAAUUUUUGAAACAUGUGUAUGGAAUUUUUGGUUUUACUUUCCAAUUGAGAUUAUCCACUCGUCCCGAAAAAUAUUUGGGUAAAGUUGAAACAUGGGAAUUUGCUGAAAAGAAAUUAGAAACAGCGCUUAAUAGAUUUGGAGAUCCUUGGGGAAUUAACCCUGGCGAUGGUGCUUUUUAUGGCCCAAAAAUUGAUAUUACAGUUUCAGAUGCUUUAAAAAGGAAACAUCAAUGUGCUACAUUACAACUUGAUUUCCAACUUCCAGAACGUUUUAAUCUUGAAUAUCGUACACAAACUGUGGAUGAUGCAGAACACAGUUAUGCUCGUCCAGUAAUGAUUCAUCGUGCUAUAUUAGGAUCAGUAGAACGUAUGAUUGCCAUUUUGACAGAAAGUUUUGGUGGAAAAUGGCCUUUUUGGCUAUCGCCACGUCAAGUAAUGGUGAUACCAGUUGCAAACAGUUUUAGUGACUAUGUAAAGAAAGUUGCAGGUGCAUGCUUUGAUGCCGUUGUUGGUACUCAAGAAGAAUCCACAAAUAGUGUCAAUAUUCGUAAUCGAGAUGAUGCGGGUACUAAGGCUAAAGGUGAAACAAUUCUUUUAGAAGAAGCCGUUGAGAAAAUGGUAAAAUUAAAAAUGGAAAGAAGGUUGAAAAAUAGUCUUAUAUGA